UAAAGUCAAGGCUGUUUCCCCCUGAAACAUAAAUUACAGCCAACUCAAUCACGGUCGGAGAAUGAACAACGGAUGAUGCCUGAGGUUUUUCUUUUUUGAUAAAAAGAUUUUUGUCUACUUUUGUCUAGGCUGUAGAGCAAACAUCAACUCCCACACAAGCCGGUGUCUUCUUUGAAUCAAGUGACUUUUCUGUCCUCAAAAGCAAAAAAACCCUGAAUGGAGGGUUAAGACACGGAGUGAGAAAAUGCUUGAACCUCACUAUGGAGCUAAGGAGCAGCGGACGAAAGAGAGUUGAAGAAGAAAAGGAAGCUGUGAGUACGAUGGAAUGUUUACUUUUGGGUAUUUGAUGACUGAGCUCGUAGAAGACAUUGCUCUGCCUCUCCGCAAACACUCCUCUCCUUGUGAACAAAUCCCCACGGCUGCCUGGAGGCUCGCUUAUCUCACAAGUCAGAAACAUAGCAUGCUUUAAAGCUCUGGAGGGUGAUAUCGUGGCAGUUUUUCAUCCAACCUGAUGUGAAGAAAAGAAUCACUUUCAUCUCUUUUGUUUGACUUCUGUUCUCCCGUGUCCUCUCUACAGGAAUACAUCUAAUUACUCUCUUAGUAUGCCCCUGCUUUGGUCUGCAAGGAAAUGAACACCUCUGGGCAACUUGAAGAAUCUUUGUUCGACCUUGUCCGUUCCCCUUUUCACUCUGUCUCAUCCAUCGCUCCACCUUUUUAUUCACCUUGCAAACUUUUCCCUUUCAUGCCUAAUUCCUCCAUUUCUUUUCUUCCCAAAUUAAUUUUUUCCGCAGACACACUCACCUUUUAGCUUAUUAUCGAUCAUCAAAUGUUCCUACCGCUCUGUUCACCACUCACUACUGCGCUCCUGAUUUUUUCCUUUUGCCCCUAUUAUCCUCUCCUGUUUCUCCAUUUUCAGCUCUCCAUAUUUCUCUCCUUUCUUAAACCUGAGGGCACCCAGGACCCAGUGGCUGAACGUCUCACAUACACACGUACUGCACAUUCUCUCCCUCCUAAUUGACACCUCUUCCUCUAUACCUCUCAUACCCAGCUCUCCUUCCUCAAGACUUUUCCUCUCACCUCCCUUACAUUUAUCCUCCCCAUCCUGUCACAAUGUACUCCUCCGAGGAGCUCUGGAACACCACCGAGCAGGUCUGGAUCAACGGCUCAGAGGCAAACUUCUCUCUUGGAAGAAGACGUGGAGACAAUGAGGAGGAGGAAGGGGAACAACACCCUUUCCUCACCGAUGCCUGGCUGGUCCCCCUCUUCUUUGCCCUCAUCAUGCUGGUCGGACUGGUGGGCAACUCUCUGGUUAUUUAUGUAAUUUCCAAACACAGGCAGAUGAGAACAGCAACCAACUUCUACAUAGCAAACCUGGCUGCGACUGACAUCAUCUUCUUGGUGUGCUGCGUGCCCUUCACUGCCACUCUCUAUCCUCUCCCUGGAUGGAUCUUUGGCAACUUCAUGUGCAAAUUUGUUGCCUUUCUACAGCAGGUGACAGUCCAAGCUACCUGUAUCACUCUGACAGCUAUGAGUGGUGACCGCUGUUACGUCACAGUCUACCCUCUGAAAUCUCUACGCCACCGCACCCCGAAAGUAGCCAUGAUCGUCAGCAUCUGCAUUUGGAUUGGCUCCUUCAUCCUGUCCACCCCGAUUUUAAUGUACCAGCGUAUAGAGGAGGGUUACUGGUACGGCCCGAGGCAGUACUGCAUGGAGAGAUUCCCCUCUAAGACACAUGAGAGGGCUUUCAUCCUCUACCAGUUUAUUGCUGCAUAUCUGCUGCCUGUCCUCACUAUUUCCUUCUGCUACACUCUGAUGGUGAAAAGGGUGGGCCAACCCACUGUAGAGCCUGUAGACAACAACUAUCAGGUCAACCUCCUGUCUGAAAGAACUAUCAGUAUCAGGAGCAAAGUCUCCAAGAUGGUGGUAGUAAUCGUCCUCCUCUUCGCUGUCUGCUGGGGUCCCAUCCAGAUCUUCGCUCUCUUUCAGUCUUUCUACCCAAACUACCGGCCCAACUACGACACAUACAAGAUCAAGACGUGGGCCAACUGCAUGUCCUACGCCAACUCUUCUGUCAACCCCAUAGUUUACGGUUUCAUGGGAGCCACUUUCCAAAAGUCCUUCAGGAAAACCUUCCCAUUUCUGUUCAAGCACAAGGUCAGAGAUAGCAGCAUGGCUUCGAGGACUGCCAACGCUGAGAUAAAGUUUGUUGCUGCAGAGGAAGGCAACAAUAAUAACGCAAUGAAUUGAAUUUGACAAUUAAAAAUAGGAAGAAUGAGAUUAUUGUUUGUAUCCGGGUCAAACGCUGCA